AUGUCUGCAUUCGACAAGGCCGUCGCUAUCGUCAAGGCUCUCCCCGCCGACGGGCCCACCAAGCCCACCCAGGACCAGCAGCUCGAGUUCUACGGUCUGUUCAAGCAGGCUAACGAGGGCGACUGCACUGGUCCUGCGCCUGGCGCCUUCAACUUCACCGCCAAGUACAAGUACAACGCGUGGAAGAAGCUCGAGGGCAUGUCCAAGGACGAUGCCAAGGCCAAGUACGUCGCCCUCCUCAAGUCUAUGCUUGAGAAGGCCGACGACGCCGACUCGAAGAAGGCGCUCGAGGAGCUGUCCGCUUAG